GGAGUGCACUCCCAUUUGGCGAUUUCUUCAAGGGCGCCCAGAAUAAUCGGACACCUUAUUGGAGGCAGGGAUCAACCCAAGCAGUUUUCUCCCUAAUUUCUCGUCACUACUUCUUCCCCUCUUCUACCUUCCUUCUCUUCACUAUAAUCCUUCUACCACCCUCCCUCUUCCCCAGUCAUGUCGUAUCAGACAGAAGUGAUCAGCUCCCAGCCACAGGUCACUGUUACAAGCUACACCAUCUCCUCCAACACUGCCGAAUGGAGCUCCAAUGUGUGUGACUGCUGUGAGGACUGCGGUAUCUGCAUCUGCGGGACAUUCAUUCCCUGCAUCCUGGCCUGUAAGGUGUCUCAGGAUCACGGAGACAGCUGCUGCCUGCCCUUCCUCCCUGGAGCCAUGAUAGCCCUGAGGACCAGCAUCCGCAGCAAACACCACAUCUCCGGCUCCGUGUGUGAUGACUGGGUCGUCAUGUCCUGCCUGCCUCUCUGUGGACUAUGUCAGAUGGCUCGAGAGCAGAAGUCUAGAGGAUGAUUGGUCGGAGGCCUGGGACAAGAUAGGAUUUAGAGACCGUCAAGCAUCCAUUGGAGGCUGAGGAACACCAUGUGUCUCAUGGCACUUGUGGUCUGGUCUGGUCUGUCUGUAAGGGGAAAUUCUGGGUGAAGUUGCACAUCCGCAAAACAAGACCACAUGCAGUCAGUGUUGUUUCAUCAUAGGCCGCAAAAACCCUAUGAAUUUAUAAUACAUGGAAAAUUUACAAAUGUAUUAAGUGAGACGAGGAGAAAUUGCAAGUUUGAAGAACAAAUAAGUACGUGUGGAAUUAUCAGUAGGAAAGCAACUUGAAAAAUAAAAGAUUGCCAGUAGAAAUCAGACUUCAACUGUCCCAUUAGAAAAUGUCUUAGUAAUUUUGAUGACUACACUAAUCACAUGUUUAUUGUUACCUAAACCAUGUCACAU